AUGCGCCCGGGCGACCCGGGCCAGAGCUGCGCCGCGGACGCGCCGAGCCCCGCGGGGCCAGACACACGCACGCCGGCACCGCAACCUGCAGCCGGCCACGCUCCGGAGUCCCCGGCCAAGACUGACCUCGCACCCGCGCAGACACCGGGGACUGGAGCCGGCGCCGGGUCAGCCUCCGAGUCUCCAGCCGGUUCGGGACACCCAGUCGGUGCUCACCCGGCCUUCAAGGCUGAAGCCGGGACAGGAACCCCACGCGUGUCCACAAUCUCGGUCGCCCAGGGGGAUGUCCAGUUUGUUUCCGGCCACUCAGACGCACCAUGGACCCGCUUCAUAUUCCAAGGGCCCUUUGGUCCCUGGGCCGCCGGCCUGGGGACUGACAAGGCGGCGGGCAUCUGGAAGACGCCGGCUGCCUUCAUCGGCCGGCGGCCCGGGGUGUCCGGCCCCGAGCGUGCCGCCUUCAUUCGGGAGCUGGAGGAAGUGCUGUGUUCUGACCGUCCCCCACCAGUUAAGAAGAUCGCCCAGAAAGAUGUGCAAGCUAUGAUGAAUUUGCUGGAGGAGGUGCCCCUGUGCCCCUCUCACCUUCCCCGCCUGUCUUGGAGAUCCAUCCCAUGAAUGGUGGUCCCUCCACAGAGAGAGCGAGAUCUGAGUACAGCAGCUGGCCUUGGCCAGUCCCUGGUGAAACAGAACAGUGCUUUGAUGGAGGAGAACAGCAAGCUGGAAGCCAUGCUGGACUCGGCCAGGAAGGAGAUUUUACACCUUAGACAUCAGGUCAGCUUGCGGGAUGACCUCCUUCAACUCUACUCAGACUCUGAUGAGGAGGAAGAAGAGGAAGAGGAAGAGGAAAAAGAAGAGGAAGAGGAAGAAGAAGAGAAAGAAGAGGAGGAAAAGGGAGAGGAAGAGAAGGCAGAAGAGGAGGAAAAAGAAGAGGAAGAGCAGCAGUGUGAUUAUUCCCAUGAUGCUCCCAAGACUCUUCAGGAGGAACCUCUGCACUGCUGCCCACAGCUGGAAGUCCUACAACAGAGGCUGAGGCUGUUGGAGGAGGAGAAUGAUCAACUGAGAGAGGCCUCCCACCUCGACACCCUGGAGGAGGAGGAAGAGCAGAUGCUCAUUCUGGAAUGUGUGGAGCAGUUUUCCGAGGCCAGUCAACAGAUGGCCGAGCUGUCAGAGGUGCUGGCCCUCAGGAUGGAGAACCAUGACCGGCAGCAGAGGGAGGUCAGCCAGCUGCGGGCCCAGGUCUUGAAGCUGCAGCAACGCUUCCAGUCGUACGGAGCGGAGACUGAGAAGUUGCAGCAGCAGCUGAUGUCGGAGAAGGAAAUCCAAAUGCAGCUACAGGAAGAGCUUGGGGGUGGGUCCCAGCUGCAGGACCUACGAGAGAAGUACAUGGAAUGUGGGGGCAUGCUGAUUGAGGCUCAGGAGGAGGUGAAGACCCUCCGACAGCAAGCUCAAGUGUCCACUGGCUCCAUCAUCCACUACACGUACACCAUGCCUCUGGAGGCACUUCCUGGCUUUCAGGAGGCCCUGGCUGAGGAGCUCAGAACAUCUAUACGGAGAAUCAUAGCAGACCCUGCGUUCUUCAUGGAAAGGAACUCUGAACGAACGUCGAGGGAGACCUCAAACCUGGGGUAUGAGUCACGCUACCCUGAAGAGCAACAACAGCAGCAGAGGUUCAAGGCUGAGGAGGGCUUGAUGCCAGCAGAGGAUUAUGUGCCGGCAGAGGAGCUGGGCAUCGAGGAGGAAGAGGUGGUGCUGGCCCAGGAGGGGAUGGUAGAUGAGGUGGAGCCAGAGGAAUCUGACGCCUGGGAGGAGGUGGAGCCAGACUUGGAUGAGGCGUCGCAGACCGAUGUGGUCACCUCAACCAUGGAGGCCAGUGGCUUGGGCCCCUCGCACCCAGACAGGAAGCGUGCCCUCCAGCAGCUGUCCAGCUGUCGGGAUGCCCAUUGCAGGCGGGAGCUGAGGCAGAAGAUACUUCAGAAAGGUGAGUGCUCCCGUGGGGGCCUCCCUCUGGCCAGCUGGACAAGCUGCAGAUCAUUAAUUAAAGCCAUGAAAGGCUCCCCAUCCUUGCAGCAGUGGCAGCCGCAGGCCAAAACAAACAUGGGGGGCGGGAUCGUGGAGCAGCGGCCCAGGGUGCCCACCCAGGACUUUCGGAGGCUGGAGGAGGACAGGGCCAACCACCCUCCCAGGGCCUGGGAGGAAGAGGGGCCUUCUGGGACCACCCAGGCCAUUGGGACCAAGGCCCCCGCCAGCAAGGGCCACAGUUGGACCAGUUCCCUGGGCUUUGCUGUUUCCCAGCAGCCUGCAGAGGCCCUACAGACAGCAUGA